AUGUUCACUAGUCAAGUUUUGAAAUCCGUCGCUGCUCUAUCGCGCUCUCCAGCCGUUGCUACUAGCGCGAAAACCAGCUCCAAAGUUAUAUUGAGAGCUUCGCGGCGCGGACUGGCCACGUCGUGGUUGUCUUCGGAAACCAAGAGACUGGGGCCAACCCUUCUUAUUUGGGGCGGAUUUAUGACCGUUACCUUCGGCUGGCCAUUCGCUGUCAAGGAAUUCAGCCUUGCCGGGUUGUAA